GAUGGAGCUCGCAUGUCUGGUGGAAAGCUUAACAUCAAUACUGACCGUCAUUGGAUUCUAUGCGUUAACAAAGUGGAUUUACGAAACAUUCAAAUCACCGAUCGGCAUCCUCUGGGGUCUCACGACACAGUACAUCUGCGAUGUAAAGUUUACUAAACGAUAUGGACAGUGGGCUGUGAUAAGCGGAGGUUCUGAUGGGAUCGGCCGUCAGUAUGCUCGAUUUUUCGCACGGAAAGGACUCAACAUAGUCAUCAUUGCUCUACCGGACGAAAAGCUGAAACAAACCGCAGAAGAAAUCGAAUCGACGUUUCACGUGCAAGUUAAACGGAUUUCGGCCGACUUCUCAAAAGGUUUCGAACUAAACGCGAGCUUGAAAAAGGAAUUGGAUGACUUAGAUAUCGGAGUACUUGUUAACAACGUCGGCACUGCCUUUAAAACUCCAGCCUACUUUGACACUUGUACACUGAGUCAGCACCAGCUAACGGUCAAUGUAAACAUUAACGCAGCAGUCAUGUUGAGUCACAUUAUACUGCCUCGGAUGAAGCAACGGCGCCGCGGUUUGGUGAUCAAUCUAGCUUCUAUAACUGCCCUCUUUCCGCUGCCAACUGCGCUGAUGUACGGUGCAACGAAAGCGUUCAUGGCUAGCUUCAGUAAUGCUUUACGGGAGGAGUUGGCCGGUUUCGGAAUUGAAUGUCAAACUGUCACACCGUCCUUUGUGGCUACCAGGUUGACGGAAGAAUUCAGAGCAGGUUGGUUUGGGCGAAUAAUCAGCACCGAGCUAGAGACCUUCGGAAGCUUCCUCACGAUGACUGUUGGAAAAACAGCACUCACCAGUGGGUAUUGGCUGCACGGGUUGCAGGUGACAGGCACGAAAUUGAUUCCUUCUGAGCUGGCAGCGAAGAUCUGUUUCAACUAUGCAAAAUCAUGGUUAAAGAAAUGAAAAACAUAACAUUUCUAGUUUCUAGUUUUAAUUUUGAAUAUGUAUCGUCAAAUCACUCUAUAAUUUAUUAUUAUACCAAUCCAAACUCACUCCACCAAUUAUUUAAUCGGUGACACAAUUUCCUCCGACACUGAACAUUAAUCUAAGAAUAUACUGCCGUUCGAAUACACGUAUUCAA